ACGAGGAUUUGGGAAAGGGGGGCGGGUGUUGGCUUUACUAUGUGCGUAGCAGCCAUGGGCUGUGCCGUGUGCUAAAAUUAGCUUAGCAUGGCUAACCAGUUAGCUGCCAGAACGCACGGGUUUUCUCCCCGAGCCGCGUGCCCACGGACUCUCGCGUUCAAGUGAAACGUGUCGUCUCGUGAGUGUGCGUGUGUUCUUUUUUUGGGGGGGGGCAUAUAUCUUCAACUCGUAGCAGCAGAGCAGAGAGUAGCUGCUAGCGUGGCGCUAACGGUAGAAAGCAUUGUUCUCCGUGGUGCCAGGGGGCCUCCAGCAGCAGCAGCUGCUGGAGGAGGAGGUGGUGGAGGUGGAGUCACAUUUCAGUGGUGCCGCCGUCCAGACGGUGCGACGCGCCCUCCGGCGGCCAUGUUGGAGCUCCGCAGGCUCGGCGCGCAACAGCUGACUCCAUCUGCGCGCGUGAAUGUUUGUCUGGUCGGAUAUUUGACGUCAAUGUGAUGACGGACUAAGGAGCGCUUUGUCAUUUGCAUUUUUCAUCAUGAUGUGCGUUUUGCAAGAUUAAUGAUCACACAUCAGAUCAUCUAAUGAGCGGUUCCUUUUUUGCUUAGUAAACAAACAUGUUUAGUCCACCGUGACUGAAUUUAGCUCUGAAGGUAUGGCUUCACACUUACACACUCUUCUUAUACAGGAAAUAACUAUUUAGAUCUGGGUCCGCUGACCUCAUGGCACCAUGGUCGCCUUCAGCCAUAGUGGUUCAUGCAUUUCUCCCCCCAAGUAAACAUGACAAGGAUGGAUUUGCCACUAUAACCUCCCAACCCGUGGCGUGGAUUGUGACUUGGCCAACAUCCCCCUCAGCCCGGAGACGGCCCAGGACCAGGAGAGACGAAUCCGCCGUGAGAUUGCCAACAGCAACGAACGCCGGCGCAUGCAGAGCAUCAACGCCGGUUUCCAGUCUCUAAAAACACUCCUGCCCCAAGCAGACGGGGAGAAACUCAGCAAGGCGGCCAUCCUGCAGCAGACAUCAGACUACAUCUUUGCCUUGGAGCAGGAAAAGACGCAGCUGCUGGCACAGAACAACCACCUCAAGCGCUUCCUCCAGGACUUUAGCGGCUCAUCGCCCAAGAGGAGGCGAGUGGAGGAGAAGGACGAAGGCAUCGGCUCUCCGGACACGCUGGAGGAGGAGAAAGUCGAGGAGGCGAGGAGGGAGAUGUUGGAGCUCCGACAGCAACUGGACAAGGAGCGCUCGGCUCGUAUGCAGCUGGAGGAACAGGUGCGAUCUCGGAACAUGCUGCUGCCGGAUCGUCUGAAGGUGAUCACUCAGCAGGUGGAGGAGGAGCAGGCGCUCAUCCAAAGUCAAACGCUGCUACGACUGCAGCAGAUCCACGGUGCCGACAGACCGCCGCGCAGCCCCCAGGUGCUGCCGUCUCCUGCCCCCACCCACCACCCCACGGUCAUCGUACCGGCCCCAGCACUAACCCAGCACCACGUGGCCGUGAGCCCGUCUGCCAACACCAGCGCCGUGUCCACGUCCAGACAGAACCUGGACGCCAUUGUGCAGGCCAUCCAUCACAUCGAAGGCACUCGCAAGAGGAGAGCGAGCGCCGAGGAGGAGCAGAGACGGGUCGUCAUCGUGAGCCCCACCCGAGCGCCCGUGAACACCGCCUGCUCGGACACAGACACCGACACAGAGGGCGAGGACUGCUGAACUAAUCCAACACCCCCCACCCCCCCCACCCCCCGUGGACUCGCAUACACACACACACAAACACUUAAGAUACCUACUCACUGUAAGAUUCCCUCCAGGAGCUUGAAUACUUAAAAACUAAAUCUAAUUCUUUGGCAUUAUCCAAACUCCUAAAUCCAGUGGUUAAGCUCUUUGUCGGCCUCGUACUGUAAACUCCAGGAUGGUCAGCGCUCCGAGGAGACCUUUGGAGGGGUUCUACAGGCUGUUUUUCAUUGUUUGAGCCGGUCCGUGGCCACAUGAAAACCCUGGAGCCUCCUCGCGUAAAGAGGUCUCCGCAUCAGUCCGUCCUUCUCGUGUGUUUGUGACUGUCUGCACUGACACGCUGACAGUAUUAUUUGUGUGACAAAUCCAUGGCGCCAGUACAGUGGAGAGUUGAAUGUAACGACACAAUAAGCGAGCUGUAAAGGGAUGUGGAGUUGCAGGUGUCUCGAUCACUUUGUUUCUCUUAGUGUCCUGGUCGGCCUCAGAACCCAACUUAAACUACAACAGAAGGCAUUUCUAAAUUAAGAAGUUAGGCAGUAAAUUUGAGGAAAGAUGUUAAAUGAAAUUAUGUCUGAUUUACUUGAGGAAAAAAGGUUGUGUUUUUGAUACCUGAAUAAGCCCUUAUUGCAUAAGCUGUUGAACAAUUGACAUUGAUCGUAUUUUAGUUUAUUUGUUCAUGUUUUUUUCCACCAGGGUAACUGAAUGUUGACAGGUUAACAUUUUGUUUUAUUAUGAAUAAACACUUAAAAUUGGAGGCGUUUCAGGAUUUUACAGACAACCGGAGGCCUUGAGAGGAACAUUGUUUUUAAGUUGUCCUUUCUUAACUGUUGGGGUUUGUUUUCACGCCACACUUAAGAAAGGCUGUUUUUAUAAAGCGGAACCAGAUGUUUCAUAUCCGGAAAACAACCAACAUUUUAUUGGCCGUUAUCAAUUCUCCAUCAAUGUCAGACUUUUUGACUUGAUAGAACGUUAAGAAACCCGGAUCAAGUUUGAUGGAUGUUUUUUGAGACACCUUCCCACGCCCUGUUUUUACGAAGGCUUCCGGUUUCCCUCCACAGACCUGCUGUCUGUCUCCUGCGCUUGGUUUCUCAAAUUCAGUAACUAUGCACUAGAUUUAUGGUAUUUAUGCAAUUCCAUCUCCAGUACGCUACUGGUGUGGUGAGUGCGCACCGUUGAGGGGUGUGUACAUUUACGCCUACCGUGUGUGUGUGUGAAGCUGAACCCGCUUGUGUAACACAACGUGGUCUCUGCUCACAAGGUGCUCUGUCAACACUUCACACUUGGAUCACGUCUAUUACGUGUCCGAGUUAUUCUUGAUUUUGUUUUUUUUCCCGCAAAAUGAUAUGCGCCAUUUCCACAGCUCGGCAUUGCUCAGAGGGGAGCAGGAGGAGUGUCUGGUUACGACGGACAGAGGAGUGAGUGGCAGCUUGCUCACAUGAAUAUAAAAACAUCACAAUUUGAGCCGACCACACACUUACCGAACUCCAAGCGAGAAGGAAUUCCCCGAGGAGAGGAUCAGCCGCUUUAGUUCUGUACAAACGCUUUCAGUGCAUCAGAAGACACGAGAUGUCAAAGUACUGGAUGGAAGAUCUCUUCCCGAAUCUCCCUUUUUCUUUUUGUGAAAUGCUCCUCCGUCUGUCCACCUCAUGUUGUGUUGCUUAUGUUUCCCGGGACUUUGACUGGAAAUCCCUGCUUGGCGCCUCCCUCCUGUCCUCCUCAAUUUGGUGCGCUGACUUGAUGCUGUAAACAUUCCUUUUUAUUUGGAUUUUGUAUCGGCCUUUUGAUCUCUUUUUAUAUGUUCUGUUGCCAAUUGAAUGCAUGUUACUAAUAGCUGUUUUCUCUUCUCUAAAGCUGGCUUUUGUUUUUUCUACUGUUUUUUUUGCAGGUAUAUUUCUUUUUGUUUUCAUGAAAACAAGAAUUCUGUGUGACAUUGGGUGAGAUGUGCCGACAUUCUCCACUCACUGACUUCAGCUUUACAUCCGGAUAGAAUAGUAUUUCUCGUCAAACCUGUUCUUAGUUCAAGGUUGUUGUUUUUUUUGGUAAACUACCAGCUGAGUUCAGGCGCCGGUUUGUGAUUGGUCAGCUGAACACUUUCCCCCAAAUGUUUCUGUACGUUGUGUUGCAGCACUGUUGUCUUUUGGUGGACUUUUGAGAUAUUUGAUAUAAAGCACUUGCUGUUCUGUACUGCCUGAAUCGAUGAUGAGGAAGAAUUACUAUUUUUUUUUCCAUUUCUUUUUUGUGAACUCUCGCUGUGAGACGACUCAACGUUUGCUUGUUUUGUUCUGCUUUUCUGUCUUUUCAUUUGUCUUUCUGUGUCUGGUUUGACCAUUUUGGAUGACCAGCAUCCUCUUUUUUUUAUCAUGUUUUUUUUUCCCCAUCAGUCCAGGUCGAUGAGAAGCUGUUAUAUUUUGUUUAUAAAAAACUUGAGUAAACAGGCCUUUGUAAAGACGAAGAAAAAUAAAAUUUGUACUUUUUUUAUUACA